UUCCCUGUCCCAUUCCCCUCUCCGCUCCAGCCUGUCUCUCCGGCACUGCAGCAGCCAGUCCGUGUGGGGAGCAGGUGGAGCUAGUGAGAUGUGGGGCUGUGGCUUCGCUCAGGCUCCGCUUUCCCCCUGCACUAGCCAAGCCUGGCUCUGGGCGGGCAGAUGGCGAUAGAGGUUGGGCUUUGCCCGCACUGAAAGCCGUUGCUGCUUGGGAGGCCCCUGUUCAUUGCUUCUGCAUCUCGCUGCUGCUGCUGCUGCUGCUACUGUCGCAAGCAGCAUCACUUUGCCGGCGGAUCGCAGCCUGUGCGACCUCUGCAGUGCCUGUUCAGGACACCGGAUCCCUGCUCCACUGACGGGUACCAACCUUUGCCUAAAUACUGAAGCCAAGCCAGUACCGAAGACCCUUUGCACAAGCGUAACCUGCAAAUACAAAGAUGUAUCUGAGGCCAAGAGGGUAGAAGUUUAUCCAACUGUGUUUUUCUGCUUGUAUUGAUGAUGACUGAAGAGAAAAAAUCAUUCAGCUCUGUACAACAGGCAAUGGAAUUAAUUAGACUGCAAGAAAAUGAAAACUAAUUACCAGCAGAAUUUCAGAUAAUUUUUCAAGAUCCACGAAUUUCUGAAGAGAAUUUCAUUCCGGUGUUAUUAUGCUACCGCCUGUGGAUUACAAAAUGGUAAACGGGAAAGGAACACUGGUUAAACACUUCGCCUAGAGGACCAAAGAGAUAAUGGCUUCAAAGGUCUCAUGUUUAUAUAUCCUGACAGUUGUGUGCUGGGCAAGCGCCCUGUGGUAUCUAAGUGUUACUCGCCCAACUUCAUACUCAUCCCACAGAGUUGGCGAUGUAACCAUUGUUCAAAAGAAUGUUACCUUUGGAAACAUCAGAACUCGACCUAUAAACCCGCAUUCUUUCGAAUUCGUUAUAAAUGAGCCUGAAAAAUGUGGAAAAGACGGCCCUUUCCUGGUGAUCCUUAUAAGCACAACCCAUAAGGAAUUUGAUGCCCGACAAGCAAUUCGAGAAACCUGGGGAAACGAAAGCAACUUUAAAGGGAUUAAAAUCGUCACGCUUUUUCUUUUAGGCAAAAAUUCAGACCCGGUCUUAAAUCAGAUGGUUGAGCAAGAAAGUCAGAUCUUUCAUGAUAUUGUUGUAGAAGACUUCAUCGACUCCUACCACAACCUGACUCUCAAAACCCUGAUGGGCAUGAGGUGGGUUGCCACCUUCUGCUCAAAAGCAAAGUAUAUCAUGAAAACAGACAGUGACAUUUUUGUAAAUAUGGAUAACCUGAUUUAUAAGUUACUAAAACCCACCACGAAGCCUCGGAGAAGAUACUUUACUGGUUAUGUCAUAAAUGGAGGACCUAUAAGGGAUGUUCGGAGUAAAUGGUACAUGCCUAGAGACUUGUACCCGGAGAGCAAUUACCCUCCUUUCUGUUCAGGAACUGGCUACAUUUUUUCCGCUGAUGUUGCGGAACUCAUUUAUAAAACUUCCCUUCAUACCAGACUGUUGCAUCUUGAAGAUGUCUACGUAGGGCUUUGUUUACGGAAGCUCGGUAUUCACCCAUUUCAAAACAGUGGCUUUAAUCACUGGAAAAUGGCCUACAGCUUGUGUAGAUACCGGCGGGUAAUCACAGUGCAUCAGAUAGGUCCUGAAGAAAUGCACAGGAUCUGGAAUGACAUGUCAAGCAAGAAGCAUCUUCGAUGUUAAGACAUUUAGAUGACUGUUUUUAUUAUUGAGAUGGAUGGCGGAUAUUUUGAUACGCUGGUAACAGAGGGAAAAAAAAGCAGAAACGUGAUUGGAUUUUUUACAGUGCUGGUCUAUUUACUUUUUUCCUCUUGCAAUCUGCUGUAUAUAGAGAUUUGACAUUCUCCCUAGAGCCUAUCAGAGGUGACAACUGUCGGAAAAUGUAUUUCUUGUUUUGAUUCCAUAUUUAUGAAGAUGCAAUUGCCAAUUUAAAAAAUCUGUUCUUCGUUUGGUUAAUGAACUUGGGAUUCAGGGGCAGAUUUAUCAAAAUGCGAGAUGAGAGUUCAGCACUAGUGAUGAGCGAAUCUGUCUCAUUUCGCUUCUACGAAAAAUUCGUGAAAAUUUGAAAAGAUUUGUGAAACAGCAAACAAUUAGCGGAAAUCUGAAAAUGACGCACGUCUAAAAAAAUUUUUGCAGCAAUUUUUCUGCGGCAAAUUUUUGGACCAGUUUCGCAAAACAAUCUGCCAAUGGUGAAACACAGAAAUUCACCCCAAUAUUUUGCCCACUAUAUUCACUGUAUUCAUUCCUAUGGGAUUUUUAAAAGUGUAUUUAUCAAUGAAUGUAAGUUAGAAAGUCAAAAGUGGGUGAUUUUUUCUGUGGUGAACUCUCAUCUCACAUUUUGAUAAAUCUGCCCUUAAAACAAAUUAUUCAAAGACAACACCUCCUGUCUCACAUGAUCCCUAUACAGUAUUUUUUGCAGCUAAAAUAGACGCGUAAAUGUCUUUAUAACCCUAUGUAUCAUAUGACAAUGCUCUGUUUUUAUAUGUGGUAAAAAAAAGGUUUUAGGGACUGGCAACACCAAAAAAAUCAAAAUUUUUCAUUUGCAUUAAUAUUCCAGUAAUUCAUACACAAAUGGAAGAAAAAAUGUAUUUUUGUAGCCAAAGCCCGAUUGGUAUUUUAAUUUGCUCCAUAAAUGCAAACAUCUUAAUAUUCAGUACUGGAGUCAGUAGAGCAUAUUUACUAAAGGGUACAAUAGGGGAAAGAUUUAUCAAAAUGUAAGUUUAGAGCUUAAUACCUAAAAACUCACAUUCUAUUCGUUCCUAUGGGAUUUAUAGAAGUGAAUUUAUUCAAUGGUGAGAUCUAACUUUCACCCAUUGAUAAAUAUGCUGGAAAAAUCCCAUAGGAAUGAAUAGAACAUAGGUGAGUUUUUAUGUAUUUAGAUCUAAACGCACAUUUUGAUAAAUCUGCCCUUAGGCGUAUAUUCAUGGUGACAUUGCAUAUUUGCUUGAAAAAGUACUUACGAGCGUAAUAGGCCACAUUUUUGCUGCUGUAAAUUAUCAUCAUAAAUUUCCCAGGUAUUGUCCCCAUAAAAUACACUGUCAAAUUUAAGCUAUAAAGAAAUUACAUAUGUGGGAUAUGAGCAUAUAUAUACUGUAGAUAAUGAGAUGUGAAAGUGGCUGCUCUGUCUUUAUAAUGGUGGCGUACUGUACAAGCUCCAACCUGGAGAAGUUACUAUGGGGGAAAAUACGCCUCGGAGUUCUUGAUAAAUUGGCAAGUUUUUGAAGUUUUGCAUUGUCAUAUUUUUGCCUGUUGUGUUUGCCAUUUUGUAAAUUGCCGAUCCCCUUAGCACACACACCCCAGUGUCUUUAUAUGAGCCUUAGAAAGUACAUAUUCAUAUCUGAAAAGCGAUAUUACAGAGAAAGAUAUAGGUUAUGUAGAAGAAAAGAUCAGAAUUAUAUUAUAUAAUAAAUUCAGUUGGGGUACGGUU